AUGUCAUCCAUACGUUACUACAACCAACCCUCUCCCUUCUGGGACUUUGUGACCAACAUGGAAGAGCAAGGCUCUUCUCAUCCUUUCUUCACUGGUACCAACAACAACUGCAGCCAAGCCAGUGAAGGCGAUGACCAGUGGGCGGGUGCAUGGGGCUUCCGAUUCGGUGGGCCAUUUGCUUCCCGCAGCCGCCCUGGUGCGCCACUCCACCACCAUGUGCCAGUAUCCGGGGAACGAGAACCUGGCCAUGAAGGCGACCCGGUAAAAGAACAGGAUUACGAUAAAGGCCCCUCAGCGCCUCGUGGACCACCACCUCCCUUCUCUCAGCAUCCUUGCCAUUUCCCAGGAGCUCAUGGAGGAUGCGGUGAUGCUCGUCCAAGAGGAUGGGGCGCUGGUGGCCCCAGCUGCUGUGGUUUUGGACCUAUGAGUAGCUUUCCACCCUGGGGAGGCUUUGGACCUAAUGUUGGCUUUGGAACCUGGGGCGGCUUUGGACCUAACGCUGGUUUUAGACCCUGGGGCGGCUUUGGACCUAACGCUGGUUUUAGACCCUGGGGAGGCUUUGGACCCUUGGGUGGUUUUGGAUUCGAGGACGGUGCGACAAGGUACAAGCACGAGAAUUUCAAGCCCGAUGUUGAUGUAUAUGACACACCCGAUACGUUUGUCAUCAACGUUUCGCUGUCUGGUGCUAAGAAAGAGGAUGUAGGAGUCAACUGGGACUCUGAGAAGUUCGAGUUCAGCAUUACCGGAGCUAUACACCGACCUGGAGAUGAAGAAUUCCGGAAGACGCUCGCGCUAGAUGAACGUAAGGUCGGUAGAUUUGAACGAAAGGUGCGCUUAGGCGGCCGUGCCAAUCCGGCACAGAUUGAUAUCGAUGCUGUUACUGCUAGGAUGGAGGAUGGCAUUCUUACUAUUGACGUUCCGAAGCUGGACUCUGGUUACGCUGAGAUCAAGAAGGUCGACAUUCAGUAG